AUGGAUGACCUUGAUCCCCCCAACGGAAGCACAACUCUUGGAUACAUGGUAAAUCAUGUGUUCCUACCACUUGGGCUUCCCAGUAGGCCAGACAAAGAGUCAUGCGAUAGCCACCUCCUCGGCUUGUUUCUAUCGUCAACAGAAGACUUUGUUUCGCUCUGUAAUAACAGCGAGCGAAGCAUGGUAAAUCAGCUAGUAACUGCUCUUCAAAUCCUUCAGAGCAUUCGAAAAGAAGAUGGAAGUCUUCAUAGCGACAAACUUCGCACAGCAUCACAGAAAGUCAUAGGUCAAGAGAUAUCGUAUCUACCUGUUUAUGUUCAAGCUCAAAAUGCUGGGAUCCUGCUACAUGGACGAGGAGGGAACGCGAUUUUCGAUUUUUGGGGGCUUACUCCGGACAAUGAGACAAUCGUCGAAGCGUCCGGCCGCAUUGUCCGACACUUUCCUGAAUGUUCUGCCUCUAUUCCGACUGACGAUAUAAACACUUGUGACUUUUUUGACUUCAUCUCAUCAACCAUGUCACGGAUGAGUUGGGAAGGUAUAACAACCUCCAAGGGCCAUGGGUUUCGAGAAGCUGCUGCCGCCAGCGAGGACGUCCCUUCCCCAACAAAUAUAACCGAGCUGCUAUAUAUCGAGUUAGUGAAUAAGGGGAUACAAUCAGAGCAUCGCAGAAUUUGUAAGCACACUAGAGAAGAGGUAAUAGGCACAAAUGGUUCCAACCAGUGUUGGAGACGCUCACCCUUUUGGCUUUUCCUGCGCGUCACUUCUCAGUUAAUCUUGAGCCGGCAAGAUGGAAAGUCCAUCCUAUACAAAAAGUUCUUAAUAUUCUUCAUGUCUCAAGUUUUGGAGAAAGCUUGCGAAGGAGAGUUACAAAGUGAAACUAUUCACUGUAUCUACUCCAAAGUUUGCAGACGCAAGCGAAAACUCGAGCUUACUGAAGAUGAGAAGUGGAUGGAAGCAGUCACGGCCGUUUUGAACAAUGCAAACGAAGUACUGAGUCGAAAUUGGCAGAAAAUCAUCAAGAGACAUCAAAUUUCUCUGGAAAUUUCGCCAUUUAACCUAUCAGCAAUCGAAGCAGAUACCCUUUUCGAGAUCCCCAACUUGAAUCUAUUUGUCAAGAGCAUUGCUCACCGCCAAAGUGCAGCGACAAGCGGCUCAUAUCACCCAGUGUCGCAGCUGCGAUUAACAGAUAAAAACACUUUUGCGUCGCUUGCGCUUGCGGAAGAAGCAAAGGAGUAUACCAUCUUCUAUCUAUUCGCAUUUGAGUAUUGGAUAGAUAAGCACCUGGAUAUUUGGCUCAACGAACAUGGUACAGAGGGAGACGCCUGCAACACAAUCAAAAAUCGAGCGUUUCAGUACUUCAAAAUUGCAAAAAGAGCCUAUGUUAAUAACCCAAAAGAAAAUUCAGCCAUGUUGCUUAGGAUUCUUGUGCUCUGGGUGGCUUGCGAUAAAUUAGCGGCAGCGGAUACGCCAGAAUUAAAAUGCUACAAGCCUCCAGUUCCUGAUAACAUAUGGUCCUCACUUUUGCUGAGCUCCAACACAGAUGUUGGGCAAUUAAAAACCGCAGAAGGCUAUCUAAAAGAUCGACAGGAACAUUCUCAAUAUGAGACUUUUGUGUUCGAUGGUCUUGGCGGAAACCAGUCGUUUGCGGUGAAAGCCUUUGAGAACGAUCCAAAUUGCAAGAAAUUACUUAAAACUCUCAUAAAAUACGACAAGGAUAAAGAAAGUGAGAAGAUUGAAGAGCUUGAGCAACAGAUUGAGGAUUACAGCCGACUGAUGCAAGAGUAUCAUGAUGGUCAUUGCGAUGCUGGUUGUGAGGGAGCGUCUGAUUCGGAAGAUUAG